AAAGUGCAAUUAUAAUAUUAAGUUAAUUAAAGAAAAAAAUGCCAUAUUAAAGAAAGAAAUGGAUCAACAACAGCCUUCGUCAUCAAGUGGCAUCGAGAAAAAGAAGAGGAAAUGUGUGAGAAAUAAAUUUCAAUAUGAAUGGUUAAGUAUGAAUAUUUUCAAAGAUUGGUUGGCAUCGCAUGAAAACGAUGAAAAAGCUCUCUGCACAGCUUGUAAUAAGAUAUUAAUAUGCGGAAAAUCAAAUUUAAUUUCACAUUCUAAAACAGGAAAACAUGUAGAAAAUAUGAAGAGUCGUAAUAUCACUCUAUCUGUUUUAUUGCCUGUUAAACAUAAUAAUAUUUACGUGGACCAUGUUACUAAAGUAAAAAUAGCGGAGAUAAAAUUAGCUGCCUUUUAUGCAACACAUAAUAUAGCUUUUGAAGUAGUUAAUGACAUGGUUCCUUUGCUAAAAAAUAUUUUUACAGAUUCACAGAUAGCUAAAGAUCUAACAUUGUCACGGACAAAGUGUAGGCAAAUUAUUACAAAUAUUUUGGCUAAACACGAAAGUGAGAAACUUAUUAAUAAUUUAUUAAAUAAUAAAUUUUCCAUUUUACUAGAUGAAAGUACAAGUAUUACAAAUGAUAAAAUGCUUUGCAUUUUAGUUAAAUAUUUUUCUAUAGAAAAUAAAACAGUUAUUACACAGUUAUUAGAAUUAGUUUCUUUAGAUGCAACAGAUUGUUCCGCAGAAAAAUUAUAUUCUGCGUUUGAACAGUGUUUUAAAAGUAAGAGGAUACCAAUGUCGAAUAUUGUAGGAAUGGCUUCUGAUAAUGCUUCAGUUAUGAUAGGUGAUAAUAAUUCUUUCAAGAGUAGAUUAAAGAAAGAGGUACCGGCCCUCAUUGUAUUAAAGUGUAUAUGCCAUUCCUCAGCUCUUAUUGCAAGUAAAGCUUGUGCAAAAUUGCCGGAUUCUUCAAAUAUAAUGGAAAAACAGUUGAAAUGCAGCUCAAGUGAUAUUUCCGAAAAUUCUGAAGAACAGAAUGAAGAAUUGAUAAUGCAUAAUGUUGAUACAAGCAAUGUAGAUCAUGGACAACAUUUUCCAGACAUUUGUAACACUGAUAGAGCCAGCAGUAAUGCUCAGAAUAAUUAUCAAAGUCAUCAAAGGCAUUUCUGCAUACAACAACAGCAGAAUAUAGAAUUCAACGUUUAG